AUGCAUGAGGUCGCUUUAAAACAAAUGGGCAUGCACGCAGUCACUAUUGAGGCUCAUAGAAAUGAAGACGUCUCACCUGUUCCUCUAGCCAUGACUACAGCCGGGAUUUGGCUGGACCUGGUAAAGGCCUGUGCAACAUUCAGUAAAGCUUUUGGUGAAUGGAUCAUGAAGGUCCUGGAGGUCACUGAAGGCAAUUCACCUUCUAUGGACGAUGGAAAACCGGUCAUUGCUUUAACGAAAGGGCCUGGUGGCAUACCCAUUCUCCCUCCUCCAAUCAUAAGCCAUGGUCGUAGCGAGCAUCUAAAGACACAACGAGAAAUUAUCAGAGAAUUUUUUAGGAUCCAUUAUCGUGUUGCAUGUAACAAUGAGAGGGCAGCACCACCCUGGGAAGCAAUGGGUAAAAACCCUGAAAAAUUCUUUUGGCCAGAAGAUAUUCCUGAGAGUUUUGUUUUUCGGGAUCCAACAAGAAUGAGUGGCAAGGAGGUCCAGUCGCUGUUGGCAUAUCUUCGAAAUCGUCAGGAAAACGAAACGGUGACAUCCUUCUCAUUCCGUCAAGUUUUGCAAGAUGGAAAGGAUGGAAGAUUUAUAAAGGCAAAAUAUCCUUUGGAAGCAGCACUUUUAAGAACAACGGUGGCCCCUCCGAGUCUCUCUCACAGUGGUGAAUCAGAGUCAGAUAUGGACGAGGCUGAGGAGCUCAGUCCCAGUAAUCCCACACUAACUUUGCAACAGGAUGCGCGUCUUGGAGGAAACACACAUCCUGUCGGAGGAAACACACCUCCCGUUGGCGGAAACACAUCUGUGGUGGGUGGAAACACACCUCCCGUUGGUGGAAACACAUUCACGAUGGAAGGAAACGCAUCUGAGGUUGGAGGAAACCCUGCGGUUGGAGGAAACACGCAUCCUGUCAGAGGAAACACACCUCCUGUUGGCGGAAACACAUCUAUAGUGGGUGGAAACACACCUCCCGUCGGUGGAAACACAUCCGCGAUGGAAGGAAACGCAUCUGAGGUUGGAGGAAACCCUGCGGUUGGAGGAAACACGCAUCCUGUCAGAGGAAACACACCUCCUGUUGGCGGAAACACAUCUAUAGUGGGUGGAAACACACCUCCCGUCGGUGGAAACACAUCCGCGAUGGAAGGAAACGCAUCUGAGGUUGGAGGAAACCCUGCGGUUGGAGGAAACACGCAUCCUGUCAGAGGAAACACACCUCCUGUUGGCGGAAACACAUCUAUAGUGGGUGGAAACACACCUCCCGUCGGUGGAAACACAUCCGCGGUGGAAGGAAACACCCGACCCGUUGGGAAUCCGCUUUCUGGUCCUCAUUCCAACUUGGACACACAAUCCUAUGACCAAGGUAUUGUUAAUAGAGGACUUGACUCCACCUACCAUAACGAAGUCCCAUUGCAAAAUUUUGUUCCUGUGGAUGACUUCAUUACCCCGACACCAUCUGUGGACGAUCAGGCUCCAAACCUAUCAUCACACCGUUUGUUACAGGACUCACAGUCUAUGGAUAUCUUGUCGGCGUCGUCACCACUUUUAGGAAACACACAUAGUAAUACCCUACCCCCAGUCGCCGGUAUUUCUAUGAGGGACGAUGCAAUGGGCAGGCAGACAUCAAACAUACCUAUUGGACACCCCACUGGACAUCAGCAAUACUUUCCCCAUCCAACUUCCUAUCAUAUUGGGUAUCCUCCUGCUAUGGGAUAUCCCGGAUAUUAUCCACCUGCACCUCGGUAUUAUGUUCCCCACACAUAUCAACAUCCAGCCUAUGGAUGGCUUCCAAACAGUCAUUAUGGAAUCCCGGUAUCCCGUCAGGGGACAGAUAUAGCAGCUGGCCAGCCAAGUCGGGGUGAUGACAGUAACCAGUUGGAAGGCGGUACAUUGUCUGGUGGUGACAUGACUAGUCAGCGGGGUGGCGAAACAUUUCAAGCUGAAAAUGUUACUGUUGGUGAUACCGAGACUCCGGUGUCAGAAUCAGGACCGGGAUCAGAGUCCGGUUCUGUUAACAGUGGGAGGAGACGUCGCAAAAAAAAUGAUGUUGUCAAAUCUAGCAGAACCCUUAGAAGCAGCGGAAACACUGAAACACCGAAAGAACAUAAAUAA